AUGUCGCCUAUCUCUAAAUUAUCCAUUACCUCUACGAUCCGCCUUGCCACCGGUUAUGAUAUGCCCAUGAUUGGAUUUGGUGUCUACCAAAACUACAAUGCAUCGGUCUCGACAUUGGAAGCCUUCAGAGCUGGUUAUCGCCUCAUUGACACUGCUCAGGUUUAUCGUAAUGAAAAGGAUGUCGGCCAGGCUGUGCGUGAAUCUGGUAUUGAACGAAGUCAAGUUUUCGUCGUCACUAAAUGUGUGUCCAAAACCCACGGUUAUGAAAGCACAAAAAAAGGCAUUGAAGAAUCUCUUAAAGUCCUAGGAAUAGGCUACAUAGAUCUAUUUCUUAUUCAUGACCCGUUCUCUGGGAAGGAGCGCCGCUUGGAGACCUACAAAGCCCUGUUAGAGGGGAAAUCGGAGGGUAAAAUCAGAUCUGUAGGCGUGUCUAAUUUCAAUAUCAAACACAUUGAGGAGCUCAGAGAAGCGGGUUACGAACUUCCAGCUGUCAAUCAAAUUGAGCUACACCCGUUCUGCCAACAAAAGCCUAUAGUGAAGUACUGUAGGGAGAAUAAUAUUGUUGUUCAGGCAUAUUGUCCGAUUGUCCGAGGUAAAAUGGACCACCCUGUAAUCAACGAGUUGGCUACCAAGUACUCACGAGAUCCUGCCCAAAUUUUAAUUCGUUGGUCAAUGCAACAUGGAUAUGUGCCGCUUCCUAAAAGCGAGAAAACUGAACGCAUUCUCUCCAACAUUGAUGUAUUUGGGUUUGAAUUAGAUGAAACCGACAUGCAUGCCCUCGACGGACUUGAUAGGGGAAAGGAGGGCGCUGUUAGCUGGAACCCUGUCGAUGUGGAUUAA